AAAUGAAACCAUAACAACUCCUCAAUCAAUCAAACACUCAAAAACAAGGGCUCCAUAACUUUCACUCCAUCAAAUUAAUCAGAAAAAUCAGUACUAAUUCUAGUGAUGUUAGGGAAAACCUCGAAGCCGGUGAUCGAGAUUCUCACCGGAUCUUUGUGUUCCGGCAGCGGAAGCCCCAGGAGUCAGAUUCAGUCGCCGCGGGGGCUGAAAAGCCUAGAUCUCGGCACCGUAGGGUUAGGCAUAGUAGCAGCUCUCGAGAAAUCUAGCGGCGAUGGCAGGGACAGUAUUAUCGGCCGGAAUUCGACGCGAUCGAGUCCGAUUCCGGUGAAUUACCCCAAAAAUUGUUGCAGGAGUAGGAGAGAGGAGGUGGAGAUGGAGAUGGAGAUGGAGGAGUACACGAUAGUGACGUGUCAUAGCCCGAGCAAUCGCAAUCGCAAUCGCAACAGCAAAAGCGUGUUCCACAUAUCUCCGGCUAGAGGCGUGGAGGCUGGAGGCGCAGUUCCGACGGCGGAAUUUUUGAGCAGGUGCGAUUUGUGCCAGAAGAAGCUCGACGGCAAAGACAUCUACAUGUACAGAGGAGAGAAAGCAUUCUGUAGCGCAGAUUGCCGGUAUACGCAGAUGGUAAUGGAUAAAUGCAGUGCGGAAGCGUCGAAGCCGGCGGAAAUUGCAGGGUCGCCGUGCGAUUACGCGCACAUGUUUACCGCCGGGAUUCUGGCUUCAUAGAUUUAUAGUGAUUCUAUCAAUAACACUUUUUGUUGUGAGUACUAAUACAACUGUAGAACAGUAGAAGUAUAUAAACACUGCGGAAAUGUAACACAGCACAUCAAUUAAACGGAGCAUCCUUUUUGACA